AUGAAGUUCCUGUGCAUCUCCAUUUCGAGGAGAAAAAAGAAAGAAAAGUCUUUCAAUUUCCUCCGACUACACCCUAAGCAACCUGUUGAGCCACUAGUGACUCCUCCUGCGACUCCACUGUCAUUCCCAGCUCGAAAGCGACUUCAUUCAUCGAGUCCUCGAGCAGAAUCCGUUGUCUCGAGGUUCAGAGAGCGUCUUGAGCUUCCUUCGGCCUUUCACGAGACGGCAGUGUCGCAACUAGACCGAGCGGAGAUUCUCCGACCUUCAUCGCCGCACCCCUUAGGGGGUUCUGGGUCGGGAAGUAGCAGUGGCGUAGGCUUCGAGCGGGAAGAAGAGGGCAUACAUCCUUUUGUACGAACGUUGGUAUAUGGUGUCGUCCAGAGUUCGCAUGGCGAAAGGUACGACGAGGCAGAGUGUGAGAGAAGGAGGAUUGGGGGAUUUCGAUGGAUUAGAUCGAUAACGGAUAUGAUGGAGGACAGCAAGGCUAGAUCAGUGUGA